AUGUCUGCACAUUUCCCCUCGAAUCGUAAUAUUCUAGAUGUAUUAGGAAUCAUUUUUCUGUCUCUCUGUCUUGCAGGAGUCCCAUGUCUGGCUCUCUCUGCGGGUGGGAGGGACUGCCUUCGCGCCGGAGACACCUGCUCCAGCGACGACACCUGCAGCCCGCGACUGCGCACCCUCAGGCAGUGCGUGGCCGGGGACGGCAGCGUGAAGCUGGGGCCCGGGGCGCGGAACCAGUGCGAGAACGCCAUGACGGCCCUGCUGUCCACCCCGCUGCACGGCUGCCAAUGUAAACGAGGCAUGAAGAAGGAGAAGAACUGCCUGAGCAUCUACUGGAGCCUGCACCAGUCCGUGCUGCACGGACUGAGCCUGGUGGAGAGCUACCCGUACGAGCCCGAGGAGAGGGGCUCCGACUACGUUCGCCUGGCCUCCAUCGCUGCAGAGUCGGAAGUAACGACGGUGAACCGCUGCCUGGAUGCUGCCAAGGCGUGCAACAUAGAUGAGACGUGUCAGAAGCUUCGUACGGAGUACGUCUCGGCCUGCAUCCAGCCGUCGGCCCGCUCGGGGCCAUGUAACCGACCGAAGUGCAACAAGGCGCUGAGGAAGUUCUUCGACCGUGUUCCCCCCGACUACACCCAUGAGCUGCUGUUUUGUCCCUGCACCGACACGGCCUGCGCAGAGCGCCGCAGGCAAACCAUCGUCCCGUCCUGCUCCUACGAAGACAAAGAGAAGCCCAACUGCCUGGCUCAGCUGCGGAUCUGCAAGGCGGACUACGUGUGCAGGUCUCGCUGGGCACAGUUCCAGUAUGAUUGCCAGCCCUCGGAGCAGAGCGCCAGCGGCUGCAAGCAGGAGAACUACGGAGCAUGUCUACUUGCAUACACCGGCCUGAUAGGAAGCACAAUAACUCCCAACUACCUUGACAACUCCACAUCCAACGUGGGACCGUGGUGCUCCUGCGCAGCCAGCGGCAACCACAGAGAGCAAUGCAACGACUUCCUCACCUUCUUCCACGACAACAUCUGUCUGAGUGAGUAA